UGAAAGCAUAAAAACGGAAACAGAAACAGAAAGGGGAAAGAAUGAAAUUUAUAUUGGUUGUGGCCCGGCCACGAUAAAUCAAUGCUUCGAAUGUGCCCGUUAAGCCCGGCCCUUAUCCUACUCUCUAGAGCGACAACAUUGGUUACUGGUUUCUGUAGAGGCUUAAAUACUUUCGCAAUUAUAACCUCUUUAAAUGAGUGGCCGACAGAAUUAGUCUGUGAACCAAAUGGAAACCAACCAUGUCGGGAUUUGUCUACAUUCAAAGCUUUUUCCCUCCUUUUUCCCUUGGAUUGGAUAUUCGACGAAACGAGAGAGAAUUCACAUUCUUCUUUCUACAGGUCGGUGAUUGUCUAAUUUCUAACCAUUUCUCUUCCUUGCUUUUGGCUUGGAUGUUUCGAGGAAUGGCUGAGUUUGCGGCCUUCUUUGUACAGGUGGGCGCUUGUCUAAUUUCUAAGCGUUGUCCUUACUCUAUUUUCCUCGUUCUUUCAAGGCGAGAACUGUACUCGCCUGCAGUAUGAUUUAUUUGAUUCAAUCUACCCUUCUCCCAAUCAAAUUCUACUCGCCCUGCUCUCUUUUUCUAUUUCUUUUUAAAACGGGUGAUUAGUGUUUAGACUGGAAUCAAUGGCGUUUUGUUCAUCAUCUCACCAGCAAAAUCAAGAAUUCAAUGCUUUCCCCGACAAAAGAAGGAUAGUUUGUGAAUCUACAAGAUUGUUUGAUGUGUUCAUCAACCAUAGAGGCCCCGAUUUCAAACAGACGCUUGCUAUUCAACUUUACAAUUCCCUUCAGCAGUUGGGAAUAAGGGCGUUUCUUGAUUCCCAAGAGGAGCUUGGAGAUUCAUUUCCUUCCACUAUUCAGACAGCUAUCUCCUCUGCUUUGGUCAUCUUUUCCAAAGGAUAUGCAGAAUCAGCUUGGUGUUUGGCUGAGCUGAUUCUCAUGUUAGAAAGCGAGGCCAAAAUUAUCCCCUUGUUUUAUGACGUGAAACCAUCCGAUCUCCGCCACAUAGAGAAGGGAGUAUACGCUAAUGCAUUCAUUAAAUAUGAAGAGAAAGGCAGGUACCUGGAGAAGCUUAACGAGUGGAAAGGAGCCCUUCAGUCUCUUUCACUUAUAGCUGGGGAAGAAUUUAAAGAUUCAGUGGCUCUGACUGCCUAACAACAGUAGCAGCUGUGCAAAAAGAAGUACAAAGGAAAACACAAUUACAUGUUGCUCAAUAUCCAGUGGGGUUUAACAAUCUUGUGAAAGAUUUUGAAAGGCAUAGCUUUGAGGUACUUGUACAGGAUUUUGAAAACCAGAGCAGGCUGAACGAUAAGGCUAAGGUAGUUGGAAUUUUCAGCAUGGGUGGAUCAGGGGUGGAUCAGGGAAGACAACUCUCGCCAAAGAAUUGUUUAACCAAAUGGGAUCAAAAUAUUGUAGAGCAAGUUUUCUGUUUGAUGUGCGAGAAACGUAUGGAAGAAGAGAAUUACCUUCUUUGCAGCUUAAGCUUCUCAAAGAUCUCUUUCACGGGCAUCAUCUCAGCUUUACAAGUACAGAGGAAGGAACAAGUUAUCUCAAAGAGACUACAAAAGAGCCCUACCCAUUUAAGCUUUCUAAUUGUUGUAGAUGACAUCGAUCAUGUAGAGCAGUUAAAUGCUGUACUGAUCAUGGAUAUCGUAAAUAAAUUGGAUAAUAGGUUAGUUAUUGUCACAAAUCGUGAUGGAGGGGUGCUUAUAGCUGCAGGGAUUACUCAUGGUUAUCAUUUAAAAGUAAUGGAUAGAGAUCAUGUAAGGGAACUCUCCUGUCGGCAUGCCUUUGACCAACCCAAUCCAUCUAGUGGGUACGAGGAGCUGUCUAAAACCUUCGUAGAUGUGUGUGGAGGGUUACCAUUGUCUCUACAAGUUUUGGGCAGGCACGUUCAUGGUAGAAGUGAGGAAUAUUGGAGGUCAGAAUUGAUUUAAGUUAGAAAGAUGCUGCCUCGGGAGGUAAAGCAAAGACUGAGAAUAAGCUUUGAUGCAUUGAAUAUUGAAGAAAAACAAGUUUUCAUGUAUAUAUAUUGCCUUUUGGGGGGGGGGGGGGCAGCCAUCAGUGUAUAGCUGAAAGAGUAUGGGAGGGAUCAGAAUGGAACGUUCAGCAUGCAUUGAAGACACUAAGAAAUAGGUGUCUUGUUGAAGAAACAAAUAUAUCUUCUCAUAAUAUGAGAAUGGAUGACCACCUAAGAGACUUAGGAAGAGAAAUGGUACUUGAGCUAAAGCCCUCCUCAUCACCUUUGGCGUCCUCAAGCUCUGGAAUAUUUGGAAUCAAUGGGUUUCAGAAAUUCUUACCAAAACCAAUGUCAGGUGUUUCCAUUCCAUUUUUUACGAGUCCAUGAAUUCUCGAGUUACAUUCUUCUUAGGCCAAUCAGAUAUUUGUGUUGUGACGUCAGCUUCCUUGCUAUGGCUCGAGCUUCAGGGCUAUUGUGCUGCAGAACCAAUGAGGAGCAUUCCUUCGUGGGUUCCUCUUCAAAAUUUGUAGUGUUACAGAAUCAAACAUGGACGAUUCGAAACGCUGUGGAAGAAUCCCAUACAGGUGCCCUCCCAGUUGAAAGAACUUCAUAUUUCUCAAGCCUCUUUGAAAAAAGUUCUAAUUUCCUUAGGAGUAUCAGAUAAUUUAGAAAAGGUGUCCUUGGAUGCCGGAGGAUUGCCAAUCCAAGGUAUGUCUUUACUAGAAUCUCUCAAUAUGAAUCUUUGUAAUUCAUAUCUCAGAAUUUCCACAUUAAAGGGGUAACGGGUUUCUACUGAAAAAGGAGAGAGUAUCACUUGUGAAUCUUUGGUUAUCUAUAAUCUUGGAAUAAUGGAGGAAUGCCUACUAGUGUUAAGGCCCCUAUGAGUGGGCUUGAAAAGCUAGAGAUUAGCGAUUAAGAUUUGCUAUCCAUGAUCUUAAUUAGUGGAAUUCACUAUUCAAGCCUUGAAUCUAUAAAACUUCAUCACAUGAAAGAUCUUAUGGAAGUGGAUUUAAUAAGGGUGAAGGCAUUAAAUUGUCUUGAUAUUACAAUUGUGAACGUUUGAAAAGUAUAUCAGGAAUUUCUAAUCUUGCAAAACUUGUGUUGUUGAAUAUUAAUCAAUGCCCAGAGCUCGAGGAGCUAACUCUUGGUCAUCUUAGCUGUUUGGAAAGGAUAGCAAUUGUAGAUUGUAAACAUUUGAGAAGUGUAACAGUAAUAUCUAAUCUUGCAAAGCUUGUGCUGUUGAAUAUUGGUCAAUGUCCAAAGCUCAAGAAGAAAACACUUGGUCAGCUCAGCUGCUUGGAAAGGAUCACAAAUGUAUAUCAUUUGAAAGGUGUAUCAGGAAUAUCUAAUCUUGCAAAGCUUGUGUUGUUGAAUAUUAAAGUCAAUGUCCAGAGCUAGAGGAGCUAACUGUUGAUCAUCUCAGCUACCUGGAAAAAAUUACUAUUCAAAACUGUAAUCACUUGAAAUGUGUGUCAAGAAAUCUAAUCUUGCAAAGCUUGUAGAAUUGGAAAUUUUUGGUUGUGCGAAGCUAGAGUCUGAGAAUGUGUGUCAGGAAUAUCUAAUCUUGCAAAGCUUGUAGAAUUGGAAAUUUUUGGCUGUGUGAAGCUAGAGUCUGAGUGCUUCUAUCUCAGUGUUAUGAAGUGUCUGGAAAGCAUAACAUUUGAUACAUAUGUAAAGGUGAAAUAUUUUAUGUUGGAUGGCUGUCAAAUUUUGUUGUGAAGAGCUUGUAGAAUUAAGCAUUCGGGGCUGUCCGGAGUUUGAGGAGUUGCCAGAUUUUAGGGUUUCAAGUUGCGUGGAAAGGAUUAUAAUUGAUGGAUGUGAGAGGUUUAAAGAUCUUCAAUUGCACGUUUGUCCAAAUUUGAGAAGUGUGUCAGGGAACUUGGAGGUUAGACGGUUGUACAUUAGUAAGUGUCCUGAGCUUGAGGACUUAUCAUGUCUUUCCAAAAUGAACUGCAUGGAGAAACUUAGGAUUGACUAUUAAGUAUUAUAAGAAGCUUAGCAGGAGCCGGUGAUCUUACAAAACUAACAGAGUUGUACAUUAAAAAGUGUCCCGAGCUUAAAAAGUUGCCGAGUCUUUCCAGACUGAGCCUGCUUGGAGCAAAUUGUAAUUGACUCUUGUGACAAGGUGGAGAACAUAGCAGGUAUUAAAGAGUUGCAUGCAUUGACAAGUAUGCAACUUAUUUAUUGCAGCUAUACAACAAUUAAGAUUUGUCUUCCCAGGUUGAAGACGGUGCAGUCAGAUUACCCCGAGCAGUGGAUGGAGUAGAGUCAACUUUAAAUGGGUAUCUAUUUUAUGACUCCGAUAUUGGCGCUGAUGCAGUCACUAACAUUGUCACUGAAAUUGGUACUGAAAACAAUGACAAUUUGGAAAAAUGGCGGGUAUUAGGUACAGUUAUUGUAUGCUCUGUGGUUGUGAUUGAUAGCUCUACUUUGGUAUAGGAUAUAAAUGAAUCACUUCCACACGGCCCCUCUUACUAUGAUAGCAGGUUUAAGUGCGCCAGGGAGAAUGGAAAAUUACUAAGUUGCAGGGUUCGCCCCUCGGAAGCCCUGGUACGGGUCCGGGUCGACCUGGGUUCGACCAGGGUUCGUAAAACCCAGGGUGGGUUCGACCCGGGUCGAACCCGGUCGAACCCGGGGUCGAACCCGGUCGAACCCGGGGUCGAACCCAGUCGAACCCGGGCGGAUCCAGUCGAACCCGCGUGGCUGGGCGGCCCAAUAAGUUAAAAAACAAACCAAAUUUUUUUUUUUUUUCAAUUCCGCCUUUAAAAAAGCGAAAAUUAUAACCUAAAAAACACUUCUAAAACAUCUUAUUGACACAUUUCACCUCAUUUGUGUUGCAAACAAAUUUUUUAUGAGAGCAGGUUGAAGAGAGGUUGAACAAAAUUUGGCUUCCAAGAUCAAAGAGGAGGAGUUGAAGACUGAUUUUAGAAGCUUCAACAAGUGUUGCAGCAUCAUUUCCAUACAUUUUCAAGCUUCCAUUGGCAGCAAGAGGUAGGUUUUUAAACAUUUUUUUCCAACUAUUUUUGUUUCACAAAUUGUCAAACAUGAAACUUGAAUUUUUUUUCAUUAUUUAGUUUUUGUUUUUGAAUAUGUUUAUUUUAUUUCUUGCCAUAGGAACUAGAAUGGCAUCUACAUCUUCCUCCAUUGGCAAUGAACAAGUAAUUGCAAAACAAAGAAAUGAUCCAAAUUCUCCCUUAUGGAAAUAUGUGGACAUUAUAAAACAACUUCCGGGAGGUGGGGGAUUCCGUUGGAAAUGCCAUGGAUGUGAUAUUGAACGUAAUAGUUCAUAUUAUCGAGUGGUAGGCCAUUUGUGUGGAAUAAAAGGAAGAGGCAUCAAAAAAUGCCCUGGCAAAAAUGGUAAACCUAUACCAGAUGAGAUAGUGAUGAAAUAUAUUAGGGAGCAUGAGGCGGCAGAAGAGAGGGAAGCCCGUAGAUUGAACCAAACCGCAUCAAAGAAAACAAGGGGAAUGCAAGGCCCUUCUAAUCCCAGUAUUGUAGUAGAAGACCACCCCUUCUUUGCCACAAAUGAACCUCAAAGUGAACCACCCUUGACACGUAAAAGAACAAAAGGGCCUUUAGAAACCGCAUUCCAAAAUGAGAGUAGAGACAAUGCUGAUCAAGAUAUAGUAAGGUGCAUUUAUGCAAAUGGUUUGUCAUUCAAUGUUGUUCGCUCCCCAUAUUGGAAGCAAAUGAUAAAAAGUGUUAAUGAGGCACCAAGAGGGUAUAAGGGCCCCGGUUAUGAGAAGGUACGUGGAACAUUAUUGGAGAAAGAGGUGAAGAGGGUUGAAGAUGCAUUGAAACCCAUAAGGGAUUCGUGGGUUGAGACAGGUGUAACAAUUGUUUCAGAUGGGUGGAAAGAUGCUAAAAACCGUCCCUUGAUCAAUGUCAUAGCGGUGUCCCCUAAAGGGGCAAUGUUUUUGAGAGCUGUGGAUUGUGAGGGCCAAAUAAAAGAUGGUGAAUUUAUUGCAGAAAUUCUCAUCUCUGCCAUUGAGUCUGUGGGACCCCGCAAUGUUGUCCAAGUCAUAACGGACAAUGCAAAAAAUUGUAGAGCUGCUGGUUUGUUGGUUGAGCAACGCUAUGAUCACAUCUUUUGGACACCUUGUGCGGUACAUUCACUCAAUCUUAUGCUACAAAGGAUUGGGCAAAAAAUAAAAUGGAUCAGAGAUGUGUAUGCAGAGGCUGAGGACAUCCAGAUGUUCAUCACAAACCACCACAUGUCUCAAGGGAUUUUUAGAACCUAUUCGAAUUUGGAGCUAUUGAAGGUAAGUGAAAUAGUAAUUUAAUUUUACAUUUUCUGAUUUUUUUGAAUUUUCAAUGUUAAUAAUAUCAUUGUGUAAGCUAUAUUGUGUAUUCUUCUUUAAAGUUUGGCUUUAUUUUUUAAUAAUUUGGCAUUAAUUUGUGUUAUAGGUUGCUGAGACCCGUUUUGCAUCAAACACAAUCGUCUUAAGACGACUUGUGAAAGUUAGAGUGGCACUAUGCAAUAUGGUGAUCAGCACCAAUUGGACUGUAUGGAAGCAAAGUAGCACUGAGAGGGCAGGAAAAAUUAGGGAUAGAAUAUUGGAUGAGAAAUGGUGGGAUCUUGUUACAUAUCUCCUAAGUAUCACUGAGCCCAUCAUGAGCAUGAUUCGCUAUACAGACAUGGAUAGGCCUUGCAUAGGUGAGAUUUAUGAUGGCAUUGAUUCAAUGCUUGAAAAAAUAAAGUUCACUAUAAAUGAAAAAGAGAAUGAUCCUCAGGAGAAAUUCUUCAAAGAACUGGAAUUAAUUAUUGUAGAGAGGUGGAAUAAGAUGACCACUCCUUUGCACCUUCUUGCCUAUGCCUUGACACCUAAGUACUAUAGCAAUCAGUUUCUUGAUAAACCAGGAAGGAUUCCACCAUGGAGAGAUCUAGAAGUAUCUGAUGGGUAUAAGGCAGCAUUUCUUAGACUGUAUCCCGAUGAUGAUUUGCGAGAUGUUAUUACAAAUGAGUUCAUAGAAUUCGCAAAUGGGAAUGGUCUAAGUGUUGAUGCACUUCGUCAUAGAUCCAAGAAAGAUGCUCAUAGCUGGUGGUACUUCCAUGGCACAUGCUUCCAACACCUACAACCCCUCGCUAUAAAAGUUUUAUCACAAGUUGCUAGUUCAUCUGCUUCAGAAAGAAAUUGGAGCACAUACUCUUUCAUCCACUCAGUAAAGCGCAAUAGGCUGCUAUCAAAAAGAGCGGAGAAUUUAGUAUAUGUGCAUUCCAACCUACGUCUUCUUUCACACAAACAACAUGACUACACACAAGGGGAAACAAAGAUGUGGGAUAUAGAGCCAGAGCAUACUGAUUUGGAUGCUCCUGGUUCUCAGCUUCUUGCAUUGACACUUGAUGACUCGGAAAUUGAGCCAACUUAUAGUGCAAGUGCAAGUGGCAUUGGCUCAUGUAAUGUCAAUGUCAAUGAGGAUGAGGAGGAGGAGGAGGAGGAGGAUGAAGAAUUAGAUGAUCCAUUUGAUGAUUAAACUUUUAAGUUUAUAUUGUUGAAAGUUGAAACAAUGAUACUUGAAUAUUUUGUCAUUUUGAUAUUAAACUUGAUGUAUAUGAUGCUAUUAUCAAUUAUGGUAUGAUCAUGAUGCUAUGAUUACAAGUUUAUGUUUGUUUUGUUGUUCAUAUGAUGCUAUGUGACAUGCAUAUUUUAAUUCAU